AUGAUAUUUUUUUACUCUCAAAUUAGGGAGCAAUGGGUUUUUCUUCACCUUUUCUUCUCUAUCGUGGUCUUCAUAGAUGAAUAUGCAGAGGUGGCGGGUCUAGAAUCUUCAAAUCUCAUUGUUGGAAUUGAUUUCACUAAGAGUAACGAGUGGACAGGAGCCAAGUCCUUCAAUAGGAAAAGCUUAUAUUUCAUAGGUAAUAAUCCAAACCCUCAUGAACAAGCCAUAACUAUCAUAGGAAGAACCUUAGCUGCUUUUGAUGAGGACAGCUUGAUUCCAUGUUAUGGUUUUGGAGAUGCAUCAACACAUGGUCAAGAUAUGUUUAGUUUCAAUCCAGAGGAUAGGUUAUGUAAUGGAUUUGAGGAAAUGCUUUGUCGGUAUACAGAGAUUGUGCCUCAGCUUAAGCUCGCAGGUCCAACGUCGUUUGCUCCGAUUAUUGAUAUGGCUAUGACUAUUGUUGCGCAGAGUGGGGGUCAGUAUCGCGUCUUAGUGAUAAUAGCUGAUGGGCAGGUUACAAGAAGUGUUGGCACUGAAACUGGACAGUUAAGUACUCAAGAACAGAAUACUGUGGAGGCUAUCGCGCAAGCUAGUAAGCUUCCUCUAUCAAUAGUCUUUGUUGGGGUUGGGGAUGGACCAUGGGAUAUAAUGAGGGAGUUUGAUGAUAAUAUUCCAUCCAGAGCUUUUGAUAACUUCCAAGUAAGUUAUUUAUAAGCUAAAAACAUCAAAG